AUGGUGGUGAAUGGUAGGUUACAGUGCCUUACAAGAAGAAGAUUGUAUAUGAAGGAACAAUUGGAGUGGGACUUAUUGUGUAUUGAGUUGGGGAUUGUCCAUAGCCUAAAUGCAAAUGAAGACACCGUGGAUGUUUUAGAUGGAUUUACGGUGAAGAAAUGUUAUGAAUUUCAAUUGGAUGAGGCUGAAGAUUGCGACUUCGUGAGGUUUUUAUGGAAGAAAAACAUUCCACACAAAGUGAGUUUCAUGCUUUGGGGAAAUUUUCAUGAUUCCUUGCCAUCUUAUAGCAUGUCAAAACAUAGAAAUGUGAUUGUGCAAGAUGAUAAGUGUUUGUUCUGUAAAAGGGAGGAAGAAACUAGUGAUCACUUUUUGUUGUGUUGCCAAUAUGCUUUUGAAGUUUGGUCGCAUUUCUUUAAUGCGUUCAAGAUUUGUUGGGUUGCUCCUAAUACUGUGAAGAAACAUUUUGAGGCUUGGAAACUCAAUAAUCUUAUAGGAAAAUGUAGGGAGAUUUGGUGGAAGGUGAUUUAUGCUGUUUUUUGGUACCUUUGGAAGGAAAGGAACAACAGGUCUUUUGGUGGUAGGGAUAUGGAAGUUGAGGAACUUAUUUUGCUUAUAAAGCAGACUAUUUUUCUUUGGUUUUUGGAUAAGGAUGCGUUUUAA